AUGGGCUUCUUCAAGAAAUCCGAUAAGAACGAUGGCGACGAUGACAACAACCGACGUGCCCUGUUCGGCUCUCGCAAGAACAAGAGUCCCGCACAGAACUCGAAUCCCUACGCCCAGCCCAUUCCCACCGACCCCUACACCAAGGCCAAGAUAAACGCCGGUGUGGCACCCAUGCCCGACCAACAUGGCGCCAACGGGCCCCACAGCAUCCCCUCGGACAACAAGUACUCUGCCUACACUCCCAAUGCCUACGGCAACCAAGGCGGAUACGGCAGUGAUCGUUUCGGCAGUGGUAGUGCUGGCGCUGGCGCCGGAGCUUCAUCCCGGUACGGUUCCGGUGGCUACGGAGGACUAGGCAGCUCGGAUCCUAACGAUCCCUCCGCAGGCGAUGCGGCGCGCAAUGAACUAUUCGGCGGCGCUCAGGACCGCGCCCAGCGUCCCGGUGGUGCUGCGCCGCCUCCUUACAGUGAGGGCGGAGCACAGAGUGGACAGAGCGGACAGCCGUCCUACGGUGGCGGCAGCAACGAGUACAGCAUGUCCAAGUUUGAAGACCGCCAGCUGACAGCAGAGGAAGAGGAGGAAGAGUCCGUGCAGGCGACAAAGCAGGAGAUGCGCCACGUGAAACAGGGAGAUGUUUCAUCGACCCGGAACGCCCUCCGUGUGGCGGCCCAGGCCGAGGAGACCGGUCGUACUACGCUGGCUCGUCUGGGUGCCCAGGGCGAGUUGGUGCACGGUGCGGAGCAGAGCUUGGACAUGGCCACGGUUGAGGGACGUAUUGCCGAGGAGAAGGCGCGGGAGCUGAAGACGCUGAACAAGAGCAUGUUCGCUGUGCAUGUGUCCAAUCCGUUUACUAGCGCUUCGCGCCGUCGGGACCGUGACGAGCGCAUUCUUAACACGCAUCGUGAUGAGCGUGAUGCUCGCGACGGUACUCGGGCGGAGGCGUUCCAGACUAAUGCCCGGAUGGAUAAAAUGUUCCGUGAUAUUGAUCGCGAUGCCAACAAGCAGGGCAAGCCGAAGAAGGCUAGCGUGACUGAGCGUGCCAAGUACCAGUUCGAGGCCGAUAGUGAAGAUGAGGCUUUGGAGGAUGAGAUUGAGCAGAACUUGGAUCUUCUCAGUGGUGCCGCCGGUCGGCUGAACGGUUUGGCCAAGGCUACUGGUCGUGAGCUUGAUGAGCAGAACCGCCACUUGGAGCGUAUUACGGGCAAGAGCGACUUUGUCGACGAUCAAAUUGCCAUGAACCGGGCCAAGCUCGAUCGGAUCCGUUAA